CCAUGUUGUAUUGCCCUGUCCUCUCUGUCCAUGUUGUAUUGCCCUGUCCUCUGUCUGAAGGUUGCUAACCGUAAGCGUUACACGGAGGAGGAGAAUGACGAUCUGGACGACCAGCGGGCUGCUGACCAGGCCUGGAGCAAACACAAGCUGCUCAACGAGUCUGUCAUCGUAGCGCUGUUCCAGGGACAGUUUAAGAGCACAGUUCAGUGUCUCACCUGCCACAGGAAGUCACGCACCUUCGAGACCUUUAUGUACCUGUCCCUGCCGCUGGCCUCCACCAACAAGUGUUCCCUGCAGGACUGUCUGAAGCUGUUUUCUAAGGAGGAGAAGCUGACCGACCAGAACAAGGUGUUCUGUCGACACUGUAAAGCUCUCAGAGACUCCAUCAAGAAGCUGGAGAUCUGGAAGGUCCCGCCCAUCAUACUGGUUCACCUUAAACGGUUCUCGUACGAGGGCCGUUGGAAGCAGAAGCUGCAGACGGCAGUAGACUUCCCUCUGGAGAAUCUAGACCUCAGUCAGUAUGUCAUCGGACCCAGAGCCAGCCUCAAGAGAUACAACCUGUUUGGAGUGUCUAACCAUUAUGGCGGUCUGGACGGGGGUCACUACACAGCCUACUGUAAGAACGCCAUGAAACAGCGCUGGUACAAGUUUGACGACCACGAGGUCUCCGAAAUCUCCACCUCCACCGUCAAGUCCUCCGCAGCGUACAUCUUCUUCUUCUCCUCCCUGUGAGGGCAGAGCUGCAACACUGCUAGGAGCUAUGAGGCUACAUAAAGGCUACAUAAAGGCUAGCUAACAUGCAGGCUGCUUUGACUCCGCUUCCUCUGCUGGUGGGAGAAAGGAACUGAACUGGCGAUGUUUUUGUGAACUGAACUGAACUGCCAGGGGUCAUACUUGUGGUUUAAACCAUUAGUCUAAAAUAGCUGCUAGCUUUUUCUCUCAGGCCAACCUGGCCAAAUUAGCCACGAUGCUAAUUAGCCACCACGCUGAGGAAGGCCAGCUAAGCAGAUGAUUUAUAUCCGAUAACAAAUCAACCUAUCAGAUAACUUAGAGCCACCAUCCAAUCACAUUUGUUCAUUAGGUAAAUUUGCUUCCAACUGAUUGGUUUAAUUUGAUACCCAUGGUCUAAGUGGAGUUUCCUCAAUAUAUUUGUUGCAUGAUGCUUCCUUGACUAGGCAAGUGGCAUCAUAACUAAUGACGGUUUUCGCAUAUAUGAUCAAGUUCCGUGUUUUUUCUUAUCCAUUUAACACACAUCCGUGUACUUUUCAAUGAACAAAGUAGGAGGAUUAUAUUGUAACUUUGUUAUUCAUACAUUGUAAAAGGCGAUGACUCUCGUGGUGUUGUCAAAUAGCAGUCAUUUACCAUCCACUGCUUGUCCGGGGUGGUGGCGUGAUCUCCACGGUGAUGUUUUCAAUACCAUUGGGAGCCAGAUUUAUUUUUAAGGAGGAAAAUCAUGGUCUAAGCAAAAAUUCACUAGUAUGUCCACGCAAGGUUUGUAGGUUUUGGAUAACUGAACUGGCAAGGUUUGGUGGUUUUGGUAGACUGAACUGGUAAGGUUUGGUGAUUUUGGUAGACUGAACUGGCAAGGUUUGGUGGUUUUGGUAGACUGAACUGGUAAGGUUUGGUGAUUUUGGUAGACUGAACUGACAAGGUUUGGUGGUUUUGGUAGUCUGAACUGACAGAGGUUGAAAUGUGGAUGUGUGGAGAGAGAGGGACAUACUGUAGUGUGUGGUGGAAGGGUGGGUUAGU